AUCUAUAUUUUUGUUUCUGCGAUUGUAUGGCCGUCUUUCUGCAUUCACACUGAGGAGUUCUGAUCCACGCGUGGAAUAAUGAGUAACCUCACACUGCAUGCACGGCUCAUUUGAUUCAAUGUUGUUUUAGCUUGACUUUGCUUUUCCUCUCUAAUACUAGGAAACGUUUCCGCCUUUACUCGACCUCAUACAAGCUAACGCAGCCGAAAGACCUCUGGAGGUCUGACAGCUCUCUAUUGAAAGAUUUUUUCCCCUGUUUGAGACUUUUUUUAAUUCAAGGGUAUUCCGUCCAACAACUUUGCGCAUAAAGCAUUUGCAUUUCAUUCAUAUUGUUGUUAAUACUAAUCAUUGUAAAUCCUUUGUUAAACACUUUUCAGACAUCACGUCCUUUUCAAACUAAAUCGGAACCUUUUUUACUUUACUAAAACCCAACAGAAGCGCCUUUAUUAUUGGAUGUAACGUUAAAUGUAAUACAUUUAAGUCUCGUUUUGUUGAAGAUCUCGGACGCAAGUACACAACGCGUGUAUGGGAGUGUAACUCUCACAACACGGAAGUGAAUUAAUUAAGUCACACACGUAAAGCCAGUGAUCUCCGUGCUUGCAAUUUCAAGCUAACUUUGUAUUAGCUGUUAGGAAAUUGCAUUAGGUAUUAAAAUGAUUCCCGAUAAAGCACCAGGCGAGGAUGUGUUACAUGCAUCAGGGGACUUGAAGAAAGAAGCGCAUGUCCCUAGCUUUGAGAAAUACAAAGAGCUCUACGUCAAAUCUAUUGAGUCUCCCGAGGAGUUCUGGAGAGAUUUUGCCAAGGACUUCUUCUGGAAGACAAAAUACACUGGAAAGUUCCUGGACUACAACUUUGAUGUGACCAAGGGUGACAUAUACGUGAAGUGCAUGGAAGGUGCCUCAACCAACAUUUGCUACAAUGUUUUGGACCGCAACGUCCACGAAAGGAAGCUGGGGGACAAAGUGGCUUUUUACUGGGAGGGGAAUGAACCUGGUGAUGAGAAGACAGUGACCUACAGAGAACUGCUUCAACGGGUCUGCAAGUUUGCCAACGUUCUCAAGUCACAAGGUGUGAAGAAAGGUGACUGUGUAUCUAUUUAUAUGCCCAUGGUAGUGGAGCUGGUUGUGGCCAUGUUGGCCUGUGCUCGAAUUGGAGCGGUACACUCCAUUGUGUUUGCUGGCUUUUCCGCCGAGUCACUGUGUGAGAGGAUCAUGGACUCUCGCUGCUCUCUUCUAAUUACAGCAGAUGGUUUUUACCGCGGUGAUAAGCUGAUCAAUCUAAAGCUCAUAGCAGAUGAGGCUCUAGAGAAAUGCAGGAACAAGUCUUUCCCAGUGGAGAAAUGUAUAAUGCUAAAACACCUCACAAAGGAGGAUGAAAGCACGAUCCAUGGGUCACUGUCACCCCCAGCGAAGCGCGCCUGUUCCGACCUGCAGCAGGAAAAACAGAAUGAAAGAGUAAGAAGGGUCCGUCCUCCCCCACAGGUGCCAUGGAAUCCUGAGGUAGAUAUGUGUUGGCACUCUCUGGUUUGUGGAGCGUCGGAGGAGUGUGAACCUGUCUGGUGUGAUUCAGAAGAUCCACUCUUCAUCCUCUACACCAGUGGAUCUACUGGAAAACCCAAGGGUGUGUUGCACACAGUGAGUGGCUACAUGCUGUACACGGCCGUCACCUUUAAAAUGGUGUUUGAUUAUCAUCCUGAUGAUGUGUACUGGUGCACUGCAGACAUUGGCUGGAUCACCGGUCACUCAUACAUCACAUAUGGCCCGUUGGCCAAUGGCGCAACAAGUGUGCUGUUUGAGGGUCUGCCCACAUACCCGGAUGUAAGCCGAAUGUGGGAGAUUGUUGAUAAAUAUCACGUGUCCAAGUUCUACACAGCACCCACUGCCAUCCGGCUCCUUAUGAAGUUUGGCAGUGAGCCUGUAAAGAAGUAUAAGCGUGACUCUUUGAAAAUUUUGGGUACUGUAGGAGAGCCCAUAAACCCAGAAGCCUGGCAGUGGUACUACAAUGUGGUUGGAGAAAAGAGAUGUCCCGUGGUGGACACCUUCUGGCAGACUGAAACGGGUGGACAUGUGAUGACCCCUCUACCUGCUGCCACUCCCAUGAAGCCUGGAUCUGCUACGUUUCCUUUUUUUGGAGUCGUACCUGCCAUUCUGAAUGAGUCGGGGGAGGAACUUGAAGGACCAAGCGACGGUUAUCUAGUGUUUAAACAGCCUUGGCCAGGUGUGAUGAGAACCGUGUAUGGGAACCACCAGAGGUUUGAGACCACGUACUUCAAGAAAUUCCCUGGGUAUUACGUGACUGGAGAUGGUUGUCGUCGAGAUAAAGAUGGCUACUACUGGAUCACAGGGAGAAUAGAUGACAUGCUGAAUGUAUCUGGGCACUUGUUAAGCACUGCAGAGGUGGAGUCGGCGCUGGUGGAGCAUGAAGCCGUGGCAGAAGCGGCAGUUGUGGGGAGGCCACACCCUGUUAAGGGCGAGAGUCUCUACUGCUUUGUCACACUCAACGACGGAAUCAGUUACAACCAAAAACUGGAGGCGGAGCUUAAAAAGCAAGUGAGAGAGAAAAUCGGGGCAAUAGCUACGCCUGACUACAUACAGAAUGCACCCGGGCUUCCGAAAACCAGAUCAGGUAAGAUCAUGCGCCGCGUCCUGCGGAAGAUAGCAUGUAAUGAGCAGGAUUUAGGUGACGUGUCGACGCUAGCGGACAGCUCCGUCGUUGAUCAACUGUUUGAGAACCGCUGCUGUACCGCUGUGUGACCACCAGGGGGAGCUAACUCAACCCAACUGUCUGGCCCCACAGUAUAUAAUCUGCAGGAGAAGUCUGAGCUAGAUUGUAGAAUAAAGCUAGAGGGCAGACACAACGCUAAAGGCUUAUUCAGAGAUAUAUAAAUCCUACUGCGAUUUGCCGUCCAAUGAAGGUUUGGGAGUGAAAAUGGGGCGUUUAAAGGAUUUUUGCUAGACCCACUUGUAUAUUAGACAUCGUUGUUUUGCCCCAGAAGUUUAUUUUUGUUAUUUGUCCAUGUAGAUUUUUUAUGUACGUGUGAUUGUCUUUCUUACCACCGUUACGCGAUUGUGUGGCCUCACAUUCAUACGAACACUUACAGUAUCAAGUGGUUGUGGUUCCAAUGUUAACUGCUGUCCCUGUUUCUUUACCGGUGUCAUUUCCAUUAUGUUUUAAGAUUUAAUUACCUCCUCUUGUCUGGUAUUCAGAUUAUUCAGAUAAAAUUACAUGAAUACAUUAUUAUAUUAUAUUAUCAAUGUGCCAACUUAAGAGAAAAUAAGCUGCUUUGGACUGGUUUUUUAGAAAGCAAUUUCUAUAGAAGCUGAAGUAUGCAUUACCAGAAUAUGGUAUGAGGCAGAAGUAUACUUAUUUCUGCAACGGUUAUUUACCUCUAAUGGACAAACACUGUGUAUGUGAAUUUGAAAACAUACGCACGUUAUCUAGUCUGGUCGAGUUUUAUUAAAAGCACAUGUAUACAAAUGCAGACAUUAGCUCAAUCUUUAAGAAGAGGAAAGAUCAAACUCCAGCUUUUACCUGUUUUGAAUUUAAAGGUUUUCCGGAUUUCAGAUACAGCUGGUGCUGUUUAUUCAGCACAUUUUCAUUCAGCUGGGCAUUAAUUUUGUCAUUUCUGUGGGCGUUUCAUAGAUCUAUAUGUGGAUUAGCAGUUGCAGCAUUUCAAAGUCUUCUAAAAACACUGAUAAAUACUUUCUGGAUGAACCACUGAACCGUUAAAAUUCAUUUAAUGUAAAUUCUUUUUAAUUAUGUCUUUUUUCAUGUAAUCAAUUUAUGUGAGCAGAGCAAUGUCUCAUAUACUAAAUUGGGUGAAUUAAAAAGUGAUG